AUGGGCCGGACUGUGGAAAUUACAUCGCAACCGACCGUAGAUCCUAAAACCCUUAAACCCGCGUAUUAUCCAAACCGCGACCCGAAAAGCUUCAUCAUCAGAAGAAGAAGGGUUGAGAAGGAAGGAGGCAGUGACCUCUCCUCCUUUGUGUUCCUCCUCUUACCACAAUUUACAACUCUACGCAGCAAGGUGUUUGAAGCUUCAUGUGAGAGUUACAAGGCACCCGGAGGUUAUUUUCCGAGGAUGAACACCGUUCAGAUAACAUCCUGUCAACCUAGCAACUAUUUCAGGAACUCAUCUCAAUCUCUCCGUCUCUCUUCUAACCCGUAUUUUCUUCCAAACCGUGCUAAAUGUCUCCUUGGAACUUCAUUGAAACCAAAACUUCAUGGUCGAAUUCAGCAACAAUGCGUGGCUGUAUUGAAGAAACGGCAAUGCGGGGUCGUAUCGAAGUACUGCCGAUCUGCACCUGUCUGCUUAUUGGGUGGCAAGGGAAAGAAUGAAAGUGGUGAUGAGGGUUCCUCCUGGAAGGCUCUUGAGAAAGCAAUGGGUAAUUUCAAAAAGGAAGGGUCAAUAGAGGAUGUGCUACGUCAGCAGAUUGAAAAGAACGAAUUCUUUGAAGAGAAGGGCGGGGGCAGAGGUGGCGGUGGCGGCAGCGGUGGUGGUGAUGGUUUAGGUGGCUCUGGUGGAUCAGAGGAUGAAGGCUUUUCUGGAAUCAUGGAUGAAACACUGCAAGUGAUUCUCGCAACUGUUGGUUUUAUUUUUCUGUAUGUUUACAUCAUUAGCGGUGAGGAGAUUACUCGGCUAGCAAAGGACUACAUCAAGUUUGUGUUUUCAGGGUCCAAGAGUAUCCGUUUGACGCGUGCAAUGCAAAAGUGGGGAAGUUUCUUCCGCACGUUGACUGAGAAGAAGGAAUAUGAUAAGUUCUGGUUGGAGAAGGCCAUUCUCACUACGCCAACUGCAUAUGAUACGCCUGAAAAGUACCGUAAUCUUCUUAGAUCUAAUUUAGAACCAGAUUCAGAUGAUGACGACGAUGAAUAAUCCAAUUCACAUUGUAUAAACCCUUUCCUUCGACGUUUCAUUUCCCAUUUAUUCCGGAGGAUUGAAUCAUUUUCCUGUUUAUAGCUUUUGACAGUUGAGAUCCUAAAAUAAUGAAGUUAUAGCUCUUACUGCAAAA